AUCCAAACCACGCAAUUUCCUGAACCAAAGAGAGACCAGAAAAUGAUGUAGAAAACAUAAUAUCUACCUCUGUGUGUCCACCAUUUCUGCUUUCAGUUCGGUUGCUCUCUCACUCUCUUUGCCAUGGAAACCUUACUUUCUUCUCACACUCCAUCUCCUCUCCUCAACCCAAAACCUUCCUCUUCAAAAUCCCAUCUGCUACCUUCACUUCAAACAAAACCAGACUCGCUCUCUUUCAUCCCCAAAACCAUCACUUCUAGCCUCAAAAAGCACUCCUUUGAGUCUUUUUCAGUACCCAAUAGCUGGUUCAUUCAUGCCCAACAGGGCCUAGCAGCACUAGCCCUUUCUUUGGCACUCAACUUUAGCCCACUGUUGUACACUGGCAAUGCUCAAGCAUCUGAAUUUGAUGUGCUAUAUGAAGGGCCACCAAAAGAGUCAUAUAUAUUUGAUGAUGCUGGUGUGCUUAGCAGAGUGACUAAGUCUGAUCUUAAGCAGCUGUUAUCUGAUUUGGAAUCAAGGAAGAACUUCAAGAUCAAUUUCGUCACUGUUAGAAAGCUUACUAGCAAAGCUGAUGCUUUUGAGUAUGCUGACCAAGUUCUGGAGAAAUGGUAUCCCUCAAUUGAAGACGGCAACAACAAGGGAAUUGUUGUGCUUGUGACCAGCCAAAAGGAAGGGGCAAUUACAGGGGGCCCGGCGUUUGUCCAAGCAGUUGGAGAAAAUGUUCUUGAUGCCACUGUGUCAGAGAACCUACCUGUCUUGGCGACAGAAGAAAAGUACAAUGAAGCAAUUUAUAGCAGUGCUAAGAGGUUAGUAGCCGCUAUUGAUGGGCUUCCAGAUCCUGGUGGUCCAAGGGCUAAUGAAAAUAAACGAGAAUCCAACUUUAAAAGCAGGGAAGAGACAGACGAGAAGAGGGGACAAUUCACUCUAGUGGUUGGAGGUCUCUUGGUGAUUGCCUUUGUUGUUCCUAUGGCACAAUACUAUGCUUAUGUUUCAAAGAAAUAAAUCAUAACCCUGUUGCUAGACCUGUUUCUCAAAUUAUUUCCACCAGGUUUCGAUAAAACCUGGUGGCACAUAGUUGUACAAAUGUUUGUAAUGUUUUCGACGAGAACCUUGCAACCUGAGGCUACGUACAUAUUUUUGGUUUAUGUUCAUGGGAGGUGUAUUAGAACCA